AUGGCAGUAACAAAGCUUGGAAUUAAUGGAUUUGGACGUAUUGGACGUUUAGUAUUUAGAGCUUCUUAUGGAAACAAAGAUAUUGAAGUUGUUGCUAUUAAUGACCCAUUUAUGGAUAUAGCACACCUUGCUUACUUAUUAAAGUAUGAUUCAGUUCAUGGAAAGUUUCCUUGUGAAAUCAAAACUGAUGAUAAAAAUUUAUAUGUAAAUGGAAAAAAGAUUAAUGUACACAAUGAAAGAGAUCCAGCUCAAAUUCCUUGGGGUAAAUAUAACAUAGAUGUUGUAUGUGAAUCAACUGGUGUAUUUUUAACAAAAGAAUUAGCAGGUGCUCAUAUUAAAGGUGGAGCAAAAAAAGUUGUUAUGUCAGCACCUCCAAAAGAUGACACACCAAUUUAUGUUAUGGGAAUUAAUCAUGAAAAAUACAACCCAAAAGAACUUAUUGUUUCUAAUGCAUCUUGUACAACAAACUGCUUAGCACCAAUUGCUAAAGUAUUGCAUGAAAAAUUUGGAAUUAUUGAAGGUUUAAUGACAACUGUUCAUGCAUCAACAUCUAAUCAAUUAGUAGUAGAUGGACCAUCAAAAGGAGGAAAAGAUUGGAGAGCUGGAAGAUGUGCUUUAACUAAUAUUAUUCCAGCUUCUACAGGAGCAGCAAAGGCAGUAGGUAAAGUUUUACCAGAAUUAAAUGGAAAGUUAACAGGUGUUGCUUUUAGAGUUCCUGUUGCAGAUGUAUCAGUUGUAGAUUUAGUAUGCAGAUUACAAAAAUCUGCCAAAUAUGAAGAUAUUGUAAGUGAAAUCAAAAAAGCAGCUGAUGGGGAAUUAAAAGGAAUAUUAGGAUAUGUAGAAGAUGAAGUUGUAUCUCAAGAUUUCGUACAUGAUAGUAGGUCAUCAAUUUUUGAUGUAAAAGCUGGCUUAGCAUUAAAUGAAAAUUUUUUCAAAUUAAUUGCAUGGUAUGAUAACGAAUGGGGAUAUUCAAAUCGUAUUCUUGAUUUAGCAAUUCAUAUUACAAAACAUUAA